AUGGUCAACUCCUGUAGUGGAUCCGUGUGCUCUGACCAGGGCUGUGGUCAGGAGACCUGCUGCCGCCCCAGCUGCUGCCAGACCACCUGCUGUGGGACCACAUGCUGCCGCCCCUCUUGCUGUGGCUCCAGCUGCUGUCGCCCCAUCUGCUGCCAGACCACCUGCUGCCGCCCCAGCUGCUGUGGCUCCAGCUGCUGUUGCCCCAUCUGCUGCCUCCCUAGCUGCUGUGGCUCCGGUUGUGGCUCCAGCUGCUGUAGGCCUACGUGUUGCUGUCGCCCCAUCUGCUGCCGCCCUAGCUGCUGUGGCUCCUGCUGUGGCUCCAGCUGCUGUAGGCCUACCUGUUGCUGUCGCCCCAUCUGCUGCCGCCCUAGCUGCUGUGGCUCCUGCUGUGGCUCCAGCUGCUGCAGGCCCACCUGCUGUGUCUCCAGCUGCUGCAAGCCCACCUGCUGUGUCUCCAGCUGCUGCCGCCCUAGCUGCUGUGGCUCCUGCUGCGGCUCCAGCUGCUGCAGGCCCACCUGCUGUGUCUCCAGCUGCUGCAGGCCCACCUGCUGUGGCUCCAGCUGCUGCAAGCCCACUUGUUGCAUCUCUAGCUGCUGCCGCCCCUCCUGCUGUGGUUCCUGUUGUUGCCGCCCCAGCUGCUGCCAGACCACCUGCUACAAGACCACCUGCUGCCGCCCAGGGCCCGGGCACAAGGGGACUCCCAAACUCAAGAACCUCACACUCUUGGAAACCCACCCAGAACCUCCACCCUCUGCCACCAUGGUCAACUCUUGUUGUGGAUCCGUGUGCUCUGACCAGGGCUGUGGCCAAAGCUGCUGCCGCCCCCGCUGCUGUGGCUCCUGCUGCUGCCGCCCCAGCUGCUGCAUUUCUAGCUGCUGCCGCCCCUGCUGUGGCUCCUGCUGCUGCCGCCCCUGCUGCGGCUCCUGCUGCUGCCGCCCCUGCUGUGGCUCCUGCUGCUGCCGCCCCAGCUGCGGCUCCUGCUGCUGCCGCCCCAGCUGCUGCAUUUCUAGCUGCUGCCGCCCCUCCUGCUGCGGCUCCUGCUGUGGCUCCUGCUGCUGCCGCCCCUGCUGCUGCCCCUGCUGCUGCCUCCGCCCAGUCUGUGGCCAGAUCUCCUGCCACACCACUUGCUAUCGCCCCACCUGUGUCAUCUCCACCUGCCCCCGCCCCAUGUGCUGUGCCAUCCCUUGCUGCUGA